UGGAUUGUCAUUCAGCAGAGGAUUGAUGGCUUGCAGAGUUUCAACCUGAGUUGGAGUGCGUACAAGUCAGGUUUUGGAAGUUACUUCAAAAGUUUCUGGAUGGGCUUGGAGAAGAUGCACCAAUUAACGACAUCGGCUGAUUACAGGUUGAGAUUCGAAGUUCUUCUCAAUGGUUCUUGGUACUCCGAUGAAUAUGAUCAUUUCAAGAUCAGUUCUGAGCUUGAAAAGUAUUCCCUAAAUGUUUCUGGAUACAGUGGGGAUAAGUCCGAUGUUUUAGACAACCACAACGGAAUGAAGUUCUCAACUCCGGAUCAGGAUAACGAUGUAUACGGCAGCGGUAAUUGUGCUCUAAUGUUUUUAUCUGGAAAUUGGUAUAAGGAGUGUUACACCCAAAACAUAAAUGGGCCGUAUGGUAAAGCUGAAUUCUAUUAUGUAAGGCCUCUCACUUACUGUAGGAUGAUGAUCAAGCGAAACGUGUAA